GGUUUCUUCCGCCGGACGAUCCGCAUGAAACUGGAGUAUGAGAAGUGCAAGAGGAGCUGCAAGAUUCAGAAGAAGAACAGGAACAAGUGCCAGUACUGCCGCUUCCAGAAAUGCCUCUCGUUGGGAAUGUCGCAUAACGCAAUCCGCUUUGGCCGCAUGCCCGAGGCAGAGAAGAGGAAGCUGGUGGCGGGGCUGACAGCGAGUGAGAUCAGCUGCCAGAACCCGCAGGUGGCCGACCUGAAAGCAUUCUCCAAGCACAUCUACAACGCCUACCUGAAGAACUUCAACAUGACCAAAAAGAAGGCGAGAGGUAUCUUGACCGGGAAGGCCAGCAGCACCCCACAGCCUUUUGUGAUCCAUGACAUGGACACCUUGUGGCAGGCAGAAAAGGGACUGGUGUGGAAGCAGCUAGUGAAUGGCAUCCCCCCCUACAAGGAGAUCGGGGUUCACGUCUUCUACCGCUGCCAGUGCACGACGGUGGAGACUGUGCGGGAGCUCACCGAGUUUGCCAAGAGCAUCCCCAGCUUCAUAGGCCUCUACUUGAAUGACCAAGUGACUCUGCUGAAGUAUGGGGUGCACGAGGCCAUCUUUGCCAUGCUGGCCUCUAUCAUGAACAAGGAUGGGCUCUUGGUGGCCAAUGGGAAUGGUUUUGUGACUCGUGAGUUCCUGCGUAGCCUGCGCAAGCCCUUCAACGAGAUCAUGGAGCCCAAGUUUGAGUUUGCAGUGAAGUUCAACGCGCUGGAGCUGGAUGACAGUGACCUGUCUCUGUUUGUGGCUGCCAUCAUCCUAUGUGGAGACCGCCCUGGCCUGAUGAACGUGAAGCAAGUGGAGGAGAUCCAAGAUAACAUCCUGCGGGCACUGGAGUUCCACCUGCAGUCCAACCACCCGGAUGCCCAGUACCUCUUCCCCAAGCUGCUGCAGAAGAUGGCAGACCUGCGGCAGCUGGUGACAGAGCAUGCCCAGCUCGUGCAGAAAAUCAAGAAGACAGAGACUGAGACAUCUCUGCACCCUCUUCUGCAGGAGAUCUACAAGGACAUGUACUAAGGACCUGUUAUUUAUGCGAAUGAAGCCAUGAUUCCCAUCAAGACUCUUUGUACAGAAACAAGGAAAACCUUUUCCCCCACGUCUUCCAUUUCUUCUACUGGAAACUCUUUUCUACGUGACCCUGACAUACGGUACAUAGGGUGAGAUGCCAUCAGCCACCUCCUGCUAGGCCAAGGGCUUCUGUUAACACACACUAACAAAAGUACAAAGGCAAAUC